UCACUUCCUCUCCGGUGAUGACUGAAGAGAAAGGUGCUGAUGUUCCAGUUGAUUCUCUCAAGUGUGCAAAUUGUGGUAAGGAUAUUUCAAAAGCUUCCUUUGCACUUCAUGAAGCUUUUUGUUUGAAGAACAACGUCCGAUGUCCCAGAUGUAGCACCGUCUUCCUCGGAUCCAUUCCUCUGUCGCACUGGCACUGUGAUGACUGUGACCAGUUUUCAGACUCUAGCUUGUUCCAGUUCAAGCACCAAAAGCUAAAUCACCAGAAGUUUACAUGCGGUAAGUGUGAUGAUGUAACUGUCUACUCGACGUUUGUGGAUCUUGUGAUCGAACACAAAUCGGCUGGUUGUCCCAAAAAGCUUCAUGAAUGCAAAUUCUGCCACUUAAUUCUAGAACAAGAAGAGUCCACAUACGUUGAUACAUUUGCUAACUUGACACAUCACGAAAACUCGUGUGGGAACAAAACUGAUGAGUGCUCCGAGUGUGGCCGCUUAGUAAAGAGAAAGGACUUCCAUACCCACUUCAAAAUGCAUCAGCUCGACACUAGUGCUAAAGUAGAGAACUUCAAGUUGAAUUUCCGAAAGUGCACCAAUGAAAACUGCAUCAACGCUUCAUCGCAGGACAAUUCACUAGGGCUUUGUGGCCUGUGCUAUGGACCCCUUUACAGUCAACUUUACGAUCCUGAGAAUGUCAAAUUGCAAUCCAGAAUAGAAAGAAGAUAUGUUUUGCAGCUAAACAAAGGAUGCGAAUUCACCAACUGUAUUAACUCCGAGUGCAAGCGCAACACUAUAGAACCACAACUGCUCAAGCUUAUUAUGAAAUACGUCAACGAACGCUUAAUGCUGUACAUUUCUACUCCAGCUUUACCUGUUAACAAGCUAAAACCUGUACACCCUAACAAAUUCUGGUUCUGCGUCACCGAUUCAAUGAACCUUAAAAUGGACCUUUUCCGGGCGUUUGCAGACAAUUACGACCCAAACGUCGUGAUUCAAGGCAUCCGUAAAAUUCAUACCCCGACUCAUGAAUUACUUCAACUGUGGCUAAAAUCCCACACUUAAUCAUAUAUAGACUAAUAGACGGAGCGCGUGAUUGCACGACCACACGACUGGUUGGCCGAUGCGCAAUCCGAAACCAGUGG